CGCAACGCCGCCUGACACCCCCUUCUCGCUUGCCGUAGGUCACGUGAUUCCCUUCAUGGCCGGCCCCGCCGGUAGCGAUGGCGGCUACGAGGUACCGGCGGUUCCUGAAGCUCUGUGAGGAGUGGCCGGUGGAGGAGACGAAGCGGCAGCGGGAUCUGGGCGUCUUCCUGAGGCAGCGGGUGGCGCAGGCCUUCCGUGAGGGAGAGAACACGCAGAUUGCUGACCCUGAGACCUGUGACCAAAUGUAUGAGAGCUUAGUCAGAAUCCACACCAACUACUACAAAAACAAGUAUCCACGCCUGAAAGACACAAGCUUCACUGGAGUGACAGUAGAAGAUUGCAAGAUGAUACUAGCAACAGACGUUCUGAAACAGAUGGAAGACAUGAAAAAAGGGACAUGGAGAAAACUGCGAGAGAAGUUUUAUGCCAAGAAACCUGAGGAGGACUCGAAGUGAUAGGCUAACUCCCAGAUUCUCCGCUGUAUAUAUUCCUAAAGCACUGUAUGUUGCCAUGAUGAAUAAAACCAUUUAUUCCUCUUA